UUUCAAAUAUUGACUUGCAACGACAGAUGGACAAAAAAGGAAAAUGUGAUGGAAAUUCACAGAAGCUAUCGACGGCAUUUGUGAUACGUACCGAGCAUUGCAUGUCAACAUCAGCCUGAAUCGAGAGCGUCACUUCGACUCGGUCAGCUUGACUCGUCGAAUCGUCAGUCGUCACUUCACUCUUUACAGAUUCUUUUUGCGAAGCAGUCAGACGACGACGCGCCCAUUGUGAUUUGUGAACCUUGAUAAAAAUCGAAUCUUUGCGAUUCUUGCAUUAUGGCAGAAGCAGCUCCUGAAGGACCCCCUGACGCCAACUCAACGUCCAUGUGGGGCAGAUAUGACCGACCGGAAAUCUGGCAAGCUUCUCUAUCUGGCAAACCGCUUUUUACAGACGAGCAUUACUCAGAGCUGGCUUUCUUCAACUGCUCAGUGGACCCCAUCAUGGAAGUCACAGAGCACGUGGAUGUUUUGCCUACCAUCAUGGCAUAUGCCAAAAUCCGUGCUACGCUGAAAGGGUUUGCAGACAGGCCCGGAGCUGUCCUUGCUUACACCAUAGCUGAAGCUCUUGCUCACUAUCUCCCUGCUGAAAAAAGGCUCGCUAAUGUGUCAGCUGAUCAGAGGAUCAUAUCCGACGUAAAUGCCAUGUUUCCGUUGCAUACCGGAAGCCUCAGGAUCUCUGGACAAAACUGGACAAAUGCUCGCAAUGCCGUCUUCCCCAGUGCUGGUGCCGUCGGCAGUCAGGCAGCCGUGCCGACGGGAGGUCCAAUAGCGAACCUCGAUCUCCAGCAAAAUGCGCCCGUGCAGACCAUCCAGGAAGCUCUGGCUGUCCUUCGAGUGCUUGCAUGCCAUUGGUGGCAUGAUUCAACCCAGGCCCACGUAGCUAGCAUACAGGUCUCACUCCUCAUGGCUUUGGCAAAAAGAGGCUGCGCUACGGCUGGGUACGUCAGGGAGAUCUGUGAUGUGUUUUAUGCCGAAGCUGGGUACCAGCUUGAUCCCAUCCCUGACUGCGUGGAUCUUUGCGAAGUGUGGAAGAUGAUCUCUCCUUACAUCACGGAUAUGAACGUGGGUGCUAUCAUUCAGAGCUGGUCUGCCUGCAUCCCUCAGGACCUACUCCGCCUUCGUCUGACCCUCCAGCAGAUCCCGGGUCAAGGGCUAACCGCGCUGAGUGCUAUCAAAACCGCGCUCACGAGCUACCCAAACUUCAACUGGGCACAUGUUGCUGUUUUGCUCGAGAAUGAAGCGGCAGCUGUUCAAGAAGCGCUAACAGCCGUGGGAGCUAACAUCUACUACGGUUAUCGCCGUGAUCUAGGCCCUGCCAGGAGCACUCGCUACAAGUCGUUCGCCUGGGUCGCUAAGGAACUGCUCAUCCGUAAGGGUGGCCAAAGCAGCUUGAGAGCCUACAAAGGCUGGACUCCCGUCCCUCAGAAGUAUCAUGAACUGGAAAAAAUGAUCGCUAACUAUGUCAAGAAUGUUCAGCAAGAGCAGGUUUAUGCCGUCGGAACCCCUCAGCACAACAUCGGUGUGACUCUUGCUGCCGCGGCAGUUGCUGCAACAGGCCUGCGAUCAGGUCAGGCUUCCUGUGCCUGACGUCAAAGGCCGGUACUUCAACUUCGUCCUUCAGGACCUGAGCAAUGACAUCAACCCUGAGCAGAGCAAGAUUAGUUUCAGAAAAGGUAUCCAUAUAAUAUGAGGUUACUUUGUAACUGUGGAAAUAUUUUUGGCCAUUGAAAAUCUGAAAAUCA